GCCCACCUGAACCCUAGGUCAGACCCAAACCGCGAGCCCGUUUGCCCAGACACAAUGAGAAAGAGGUUUAUCCCCCCAAUUCGCCUCCUCUCUUACCAAUGAGAGAGAAAUUAUAAAACACACCUAGAGAGAGAAACACAUACAAACCUAAACUCUCCAAAAACACCAAAACCAAAACCAUCACCGGGCUUCAAUUUCCCACACUGCACAAACCAUCCGGCGCUCUCUGCACUUCAAUCCAAUUUCAUUCAUCACCAAUCUACGAGACAAACGCGCUUUUGGGGGUUCAUAAAAGCACUCCAACUCUCACCCUUUUUCUUUUCUAUUCUACCCAUGCUUUGCCAAGGUUGUGCCUGAAACGCUUGCGGUGUCGUUUUGUAUGAGACAUAGGAUUUCCUAUUUGAUGGACGAGAUCUGGGAGCGGGCUGUGGAGACCGCCUUAGACGGCGAGAAGGACCAUGCGUCCGCCCGGACGCUAACCCUAGACGGCGCCGUUAAGUGCGUGCAGGGACGCUUACCUCCUCCGACCCUACUUGAAAGGUUCCAGAACCUUCAGCACCUUUCCAUCGCAAACGUUGGUGUUUCAACGUUGGAGCAGUUUCCGCGGCUCCGGAAUCUGCAAAAGCUGAACCUCUCCGACAACCGGAUCGCUGGAGGGUUGGAGUUUCUUGUCCAGGCUGGCCUCGAUUCGCUGCGUGACCUUGAUUUGUCGAACAAUCGGAUUCAGUACAUUGAGGAUCUCGCGCCGCUGGCGCAGGUCAAGCUGGUUUCGCUGGAUCUGUACGAGUGUCCCGUGACGCGUGUGAAGGAUUAUCGAUCUAGGGUUUUUGGGUUGAUUAAGUCGCUCAAGUACUUGGAUAAGAUGGAUGCGGAGGAGAACGAGAGGCCUGAAAGUGAUGAUGAAGAAGAGGAGGAAGAGGAAGAGGAGGAGGAAGAUGACCCUGGGAGUGGCGAGAUUGACGGAGAAGAAGAUCGACCUCAUGGUAUUAACAAUGGACACAGCGAGGGCGUUGAUGGUGUUGUUGAUGCUGAUGAGGAGGAAGAGAGUGAUGCGGAUGAAGAGGAGACGGAGACGUCGAGGCGGGUUACCAAUGGCGAUAAUCACCGGGAGAAUGGAUUCCGUGUUGUGCCUGUAGAAGGGGAUGACGUGGAGGAGGACGAUGACGAGGAUGAUUCUGGUGAGGAAAUUGAUGAGGAGGAGGGCGAUGAUGAUGAUGAUGUGGUUGAGGUUCAUGAGAUUGAGGAUAGCGACGAUGAGGAUGGAGUGGAAUAUGAUGAGGACGAUGACGAUGAUGACGACGAUGAGGAGGAGGUGGAUAAUGAUGAGGGUGAUUUUGCGGAGCCGGAGAGUACUGGGAGGUUAACGAGUACCGAGGGCGAGAUUGAUGGACAUGAACAGGGGGAGGAGGAUGGAGAUGAGGAUGAUAAUGGGGAGACUGGGGAAGAUGAGAUGGGGGUUGAAGACGAUGGCGAUUUUGAAGAUGACGAUGAAUUCACAUCAAAUGCAGGAAUUGGAAUGGAGUGGACUCUUGCAGAUAAGGGAAACAGUGUAGUAGUAUUAGUUGCAAUUGAACUUUUGAUUAUUAAUGACAUUAUUUUGAUAUUUUUAGAUCUCUUGAAAGCUUCAUAAUUAUUUAUAUAUUUAAAAUAACUUUCUGAUAUCUUAAUACUUGAAAUUCCUCUAAGUUAUAGGUAUAUCUUUCUUAUGUUUUAAUUGAUGUCAUUGUCAUAAUAAAAAGCACGUAUUUUACCGUCAUUUUUAAGAAUUUUUACCAUUUUUAUGUCUUUUUUUUUCCUCUAAAACAUGAAAAGUGUGCUAAUGCAUCACUAUAGGGUUUGACACCACUAGUCAUACCAAUCAUUUACCACACCGGUGAAUAUUUUAAGCUUUUUUUUUUAUUUGGGUUCUUUGCUCUUUUUCUUUUCAUAAAAUGCAACACUGGGUACGUGUUUUCCGUAAAGUAGUUUUUUUGCUGCCCAUAUAAUUUUUUUGUGUGUUUAGGAUUAGGAUGUUCUAUUGUUGGCACAUGCUCAGCCUUUCCCAAGUCUGUGCUAUGUCAUACUGCUUCUGAUCUGUUACUUGGUUUCUUUGGAAAUUAAGAUAUUUAGAUAAUUUGGUUUGGGUGCAUAUUAGUAUUACUCUGGAUGGAAGUCUAGAGUUUUCAUCUUUUUAGUUUUCUGAUUUUACCAUGUUUCAUUUCUUCUUGUCUAACCCGCGUGAUAAUUCAUGAAUUUUAUAAAUAAUGUUUGAAUGGCGAGCUUGUAAUGUAGUUAUAAAACGUUCAUUAAACAUUGUAGUUAUUUUGUUUGGCGGUGUUAAUGUAAAAUUUAUGGACGUAUGGGUAAGGGUGGUGAAAAAUAUUAUUUGUUUUAUUUACUGUAUAUUCCUGAUUAUUGAUGGAAGUAUCUCAGUUUUUUAACCAGACUUUUAAUGUUGUUGG